UUCUGUUUACUUUGCCAGACUGUUUGCUCUGUGGGGACAGCAGCUGACAGCAGCGCUCUCCGUGCAGGCUCUUCAUGCGCCCAGGAGCCUCGGUCAGCUCCCCUGUCGCAGAGAGACAAUGACGAAGCCAGGGACGUGGGCUCGGAGGGCGCCGACAGAGCUGCUCCUUCUGUGUGCUGCCCUGGGCUGUCUCAGUUUGCCUGGCUCCAGGGGUGAAAGGUCACACCCUCUCGAGUCAAAUGCAGUCAACGAGAGCCUUGCCAAGAGCAGACAGACGCGGAGUGUGGGUGUCUCAUCAGUGCCUAUCGAUUGCAAACUGUCCAGCUGGUCCCCCUGGACCACGUGUGAUCCCUGUCAGAAGAAAAGGUACAGACAUGCCUACCUGCUCCAGCCCUCUCAGUUCCACGGGGAACCAUGCAGCUACUCUGACAAGGAAGUUGAAGACUGUGUUUCCAACAGACCAUGCAGAAGUCAAGUGCGAUGUGAAGGCUUCGUGUGUGCUCAGACAGGGAGGUGUGUAAACCGCAGACUUCUUUGCAACGGGGACAACGACUGUGGAGACCAGUCAGAUGAGGCGAGCUGUAGAAGAGUUUAUAAAAAAUGUCCGCAGGAGGUGGAGAAAUACUGGGCCAUUGGCGGCCUGGCCAGUGGGAUCAAUUUGUUCAUGAACAGCUUGGAGGGCCCGGUUCUCGAUCACAGGUAUUAUGCCGGUGGCUGCUCCCCCCAUUACAUCCUCAACACAAGGUUUCGGAAGCCGUACAACGUGGAAAGCUUCACCCCACAGACCCAAGGCAAAUAUGAAUUUGUGCUGACAGAAUACGAAUCAUACUCAGAUUUCGAACAAAAUGUCACAGAGACAAGCAUUGGCCAGUCCAGUUUCUCCCUUGGCUUUAAAAAACCUGGCAUAUUUGAAUUUGGCAUUAGCAAAACAAGUGAUACCGGCCAACAUUUAAUUAGCAGGAUCAAACAAUUCUCUCAUACGAAAAGCUCAUUUCUGCACGCGCGCUCUGACCUUGAAGUCGCCCGGUACAAGCUGAAAUCCAGAAGCCUCAUGCUCCAUUAUGAGUUCCUUCAGCGAGUCAAGCAGCUGCCCCUGGAGUACGGCUACGGGGAGUACAGGGAUCUCUUCCGCGAUUUCGGGACCCACUACAUCACAGAGGCCGUGCUCGGGGGCGUUUACGAGUACACGCUCGUGAUGAACAAAGAGGCCAUGGAGAGAAAGGGUUACUCCCUUAGGGAUGUCCAGAAGUGUGCCAAAAAUGGUUUUAAAAUCGGUGGCGCCAUCCAAAAUGUCUACGUCAAGCUGGAUGUGUCGGUGGACAAGUGCAAGGGUGUUCUGAAUGAGAUCGAAGGCAGAAACAAGAGAGACACCAUGGUGAAAGAUUUGGUGGUCCUCGUGCGAGGAGGGGCGAGUGAGCACAUCACUGCCCUGGCCUACAAGGAGCUACCGACAGCUGACCUGAUGCAGGAGUGGGGAGACGCAGUGCAGUACAACCCGGACAUCAUCAAAAUUAAGGCAGAGCCUCUGUACGAGCUGGUGACAGCCGCGGACUUCGCCUAUUCCAGCACAGUGAAGCAGAACAUGAAGCGGGCUCUGGAGGAGUUCCAGAAGGAAUUCAGCUCCUGCCACUGUGCUCCCUGCCAAGGGAAUGGAGUCCCGGUCCUGAAAGAAUCACGCUGUGACUGCAUCUGUCCUGCCGGAUUCCAAGGCCCAGCCUGUGAGGUCACCUACCGGAAAAAUGUCCCCAUUGAUGGGAAUUGGAAUUGCUGGUCAGACUGGUCUCCUGUUCUGGAGGACAUAAAACAAGACAGAGGCAGUGCAACAAUCCACCUCCUCAAAAUGGGGGCAACCCCUGCUUGGGUCCCGCUUCCGAGACACUUAACUGUUAAGGAAGGGAGAGCUCCUAGCAGGUAAUGCUGCUGUGGGCUGUGCACAGCGAGAGCCCUGAGCCCUCGGGAGCCCAGGCCAGCUCACCACCCACCACCAGCUCCCACCUGGGGCUGGCCCAAGGGUGGAAGGCUGUGCCGUUCAGAAUGUUUAAAAUAAAGAUGUUGUUGGUAAAAUGCACAUUGAUUGGAACAAAGAGUAAGUUCAACAGUCAUUGUCUCCUUAAGGGCUUAAGCAUUUUGGUCAUCUGUGCUUUGCUCACACAGUUUUAUUUCACUUAUAUUUACUUCCAGCCGGGAGCUGUUUAAGGAGUUGUCUACAUGGAAGUCCCACUGUCUCCCAGUGAUCAGCACAUAGUAGGUGCUCCAGGAUGAAUCCAUGAGCAGACAGUGAGCUCUUCCUGUCUAGGGGAGCACCCUGUCUUGCUCCGUGACAAUGGUAGUUCAUAUUUAUUAAAUGAUUACUGUGUGCCGGCCACGGUGCUCAGUGCGUUAACUCAUUCCAUCCUCAUGAAGACCUUAUCAGGUGGAUGCAGUAUUAGCCCUAUUAAGCAGCAGGGGAACCGACUUAGAACCAUUGACUUGUCCAAGGGUACGCAGUUAGGGAGUAGGUGAGCUGGACUGCAAACCAGGGCACUCAGUUUCCAAAGUUUUUUUUUUCCCUCACAUUUUAUAAAUAAAUAAAUAAAUACAUAAAUAA